AUGGAGACCGCGUCUGAAAUGAGUCCAAUCUUACAGGAGAAACUUAAUGAUGUGCUCAAUAGAUACAACGCGUUAGAAGCCAUUCUUGUAUGCACAUCAGAAGGUGUCCCGCUUUUAAAAGUGGUAACAGAGGAAAAAUCCGAGCUGUGGUACGAGUACACGGAGACGGUGUUACCCACGGUCUUUGCUGGAGCAGCAGAGCAGAUUGGGAAGCUUAAGUUUGGAGCUGUUCAGAGUGUCACGGCGUUUUUUAACGACGUGGUUCUGAUCCACAUCAACCAUGCACCACUGGUGGUGACACUUGUGGCUCCCAACUCGCCACAUAUUGGUGCUCUACAUGCUUUGGCAAGUGAAUUGCGUCCUGCACUCACGCCACUUAAGAGAUGCGUGGAAAGCGCCGACGUGCAUUAA